AUCUUUUAUGAGAAAUGAUUCGCGAAUAAUAAGUGCUGAAGUCCUUUCACGCCUGCUAGAAAUUUUGAAACCAAAUGGAAAAUUCAUAUUUUAUUACUCGUAUGAAGAUACUGCUUCCAUAGUAUCAAAUUUAAAAAUUUAUGGGUUUACUAAAACUUCUAUUAAAGAAAACAUUGAAAACUCAAAUGAGUUUUAUUGUGAAAAGCCAAGUUUUGAGGUGGGUUCAUCUGUGAAACUAUCAUUAGCUGCAGAAAAUAAAAAAGCAACAACUGUUUGGAAGCUUGAUGACGAUGAUGAUGAUGAAGUAAUUAAUGAUGAUGACUUGUUAGAUGAGGAAGAUUUAAAGAAGCCCGAUCCUAGUAGCUUAAGAGUUUGUGGGACCACUGGAAAGAGGAAAGCUUGCAAGGAUUGUUCUUGUGGUUUAGCUGAAGAAUUGAAAGCUGAGGCAGGAGGUUUAGCAAAUAAAAUUGACAAUCCAAUACAAAAAUCAUCAUGCGGAAGUUGUUACUUGGGUGAUGCAUUCCGUUGUGCUACAUGUCCAUAUUUAGGAAUGCCUGCUUUUAAGCCUGGCGAAAAGAUUAAACUGUCUGAUGAUCAGUUGAAAGCAGAUAUUUAAACUUUACAUAAUUAUUAAUAUAGUUUUUCUUUAAGUUUUAAAUUGAAAAUGUUAAAAGUGAAAAAAAUUGUAACCAAAAAUGUAAAAUAGA